UGUAAGUGUGUGUGUGUGGAGCAGUUAUUUGAACAAGAAAAAGAGACCACAAAAACCUGUUCAAUUUAAUUUAACCCACCACUCUCUCUAUUAUUCGUGGUGGUUCAUCAGUUAUUCUAAUUAAUUCCAUCUUCUUCCUCCAACUUUUUCUCAUCACAAUAAUUCUUCUUUAAUUUUACCUCCUUAGCUUCCUUAUAAUCCAACAUUAAAUCCUUGUAUUCAUUUUUAGAUAUGUUUGACAUAUUGUUUGGUUGGUCCAAAGCUUCAAAAUGUAAGAAGGCUAUUAAGAGAGCACGGUACAAAAUCAGGCUUCUCAAGAACAAGAGACAAGCAAUUGUCAAGCAACUAAGAAAAGAUUUGGCUGAGCUAAUACAAAAUGGUUAUGAAGAAGCUGCUCUAGACCGGGUUGAGCAGCUAAUGAAAGAUGAAAGAUUGGCAGCUGCAUAUGAAUUGUUAGACCAAUUCUGUGAAUUUAUUCUAACUCAAAUCUCCUAUAUCCGAAAGCACAAGGAUUGUCCAAAUGACAUAAAAGAAGCAAUUUCAAGUCUUAUAUUUGCAUCUGCAAGAUGUGGGGAUAUUCCUGAGCUCUUUGUCGUUAGGAAGCUGUUUGGCAAACGCUAUGGUGAGAAAUUUGCAACUACAGCUGUGGAACUAUUUCCUGGAAAUCUUGUUAACAAGCAGUUAACAGAGAAUUUAUCAGGCAAAUAUGUGACUGAGGAUCUGAAGUACAGAAUGGUGGAUGAAAUAGCUAGAGAUAAUAAUUGCCUCCAACAAAAUGUGUUAGCCAUAGAAUACUACCCUGAUUGGCAACAACUGCAGCUGAAAGAAAACAAAGGGUAUCGACUAGUCGAAAAUGAUGCUCAAAUAAAUGCUGCAAUUUCAGAAUCUAAAGUACAUCCUUCAGAUAUUGAAGAGAUUGAAAGAGAUGUCAAAUGUGUUCAUCCAUCAAUUUUCAAAUCAAGUUUUGCUGAUUCUUCUGCUAUUGUAUCAUUGGUUCAGAAAUAUCCUCAAUAUAUCAUGAGCUAUCCUAUGCAAAAGAAAGUAGAGAAAGUAGUGGAGGUUGAUAUUCCUAAGCUACUUUCUUCUGUAAAUUCUAGUCUGCAAAACAAGGACGAAAAAUUGGCAUUAAUAUCUUCAGCAGAAAUGGUAGAUUAUGUUGAUGAAAUUGAGGAUUGUCGAUUUUCUUUACCAAAAGAUGGUGCCUGUAAGGACGAAAUGCUAUUGAAGUUCAAUUCCUCAUGUCUUUCAAGGAGAGAAAAAACUCAAGUUGGUUGCGACCGAAGUCAUAUCGAUCAAGAUGAACCGCCGAGUGAGACAUUAAGCACAAGAAGCUCAAGAAACAACAAAAGGGCCCCUAGGAAAAGAUCAAGAAGGAGAUCAACCUCCAUAGAAAACCUAGGCAUUGUUGAUAUUGGCUACAUGACUUAUUAUCAAAAGCCAUGCAAAAGUCCCUCUACACAUAAGUAUGUCAGUGCUCAUGGCAGCAGAAAGGAUAAAAAGAAACCGAUGCUACAUAUUUUCUCAGAAAAGGAAAAAAGUGUACAAUCGCGCGAGACUAAAGAUAGCAACCAACAAGGGUUAUUUCUUGCAGAAGAAGCUAGUCUCCCACAACAUAGCGAACAAAAGUUCAAACCCCGGCUGAAAGAGGUGUCUAAAUUUACUGUCCAACCAUGCCUCGAACAAAAUUAUCUAAUUUCGAAGGAAUUUGUGGGAUGCAGCUUGGACCAGCCUUGUUAUUUUUGCAUUUAUGAUGACAAAGACUAUUUGGAAACUCAAUUUAUGAAUCCAAAGAGAGUGAUAGAAGCUACACAUGAUGAAUGUUGUCAUUGUAGACCCUUUUUUGAGGUUGCUAAUGGAAACAUUGAAACAAAAGAAGAGAUCAUUGCCACCUACAAUGUUUCAAAUCCAAGGACUAAUGGUUCCUUAACAAGAAUAGAAACAGAAAUUCCUUAUUUAAGGGCAUUGACAAUGCCACAAGAGAGACAUAGAAAGGGAAAAGACAAGAUGUUAAGGACAUUUUCAUGUCCUUAUCAACAUCCAAAUCAUGUUCAUCCUAAGUUGCCGGAUUAUGAUGAUAUAGCUGCAAAGUUCACUGCUCUCAAGAGAGAGAACCUACAAAACAAAGACUGUAGUAGAAAGUAGAGAGGCUUAUAGUUAUACAUAGAAUUGAUUUUUUUUUUUUAAUUAAUUAGUAUAGCAUAGGCAUAUUAAAUUUUGAAUUACUCAUUUAAUUGCUUUCAGUGAGAUUUUUUUAGAUACUACUAAUAUUCUUUGGCAUUCAUCUAUGUAAGAUUAUAUAUGAUUGAUUCUUGUAGCAGAAAUUAAAGGGGUAGGAUUCUCCUUCUUUAACGUGACCGAUUCACUUUAGAAUACAAAAUGAUUAAUUAUUAAUUAAUAAAUAAAUUAAGAGUUGAUAUUAAA